AGUACAUAUUGAACGUGGAUACAUAAGAAACUAAGAAGCAAUAUUUUCAGUAAUGAGGCAAUUAGAGAGACGUUUAUUACAUGUCCAGCUAUGAGUAGUAAUCAGUAGCUGAAUAAGAGAGAACAUUGAAAUUAUUCUCUAAGCUAUUCAAAGAGAGUGACUAAAUGCACCUGGGUCAGGCUGUCUGUGGGUAUGAAGUGGUUGGGAGAAUCCAAGAACAUGGUGGUGAAUGGCAGGAGAAAUGGAGGCAAGUUGUCUAAUGACCAUCAGCAGAACCAGUCAAAAUUACAGCACACGGGGAAGGACACCCUGAAGGCUGGCAAAAACGCAGUCGAGAGGAGGUCAAGCAGAUGUAAUGGUAAUUCAGGAUUUGAAGGACAGAGUCGAUAUGUACCAUCUUCUGGAAUGUCCGCCAAGGAACUCUGUGAAAAUGAUGACCUAGCAACCAGUUUGGUUCUUGAUCCCUAUUUAGGUUUCCAAACACACAAAAUGAAUACUAGCGCCUUUCCUUCGAGGAGCUCAAGGCAUUUUUCAAAAUCUGACAGUUUUCCUCACAACAACCCUGUGAGAUUUCGGCCUAUUAAAGGAAGGCAAGAAGAACUAAAGGAAGUAAUUGAACGUUUUAAGAAAGAUGAACACUUGGAGAAAGCCUUCAAAUGUUUGACUUCAGGGGAGUGGGCACGGCACUAUUUUCUCAACAAGAACAAAAUGCAGGAGAAAUUAUUCAAGGAGCAUGUAUUUAUUUACUUGCGAAUGUUUGCAACUGACAGUGGAUUUGAAAUAUUGCCUUGUAAUAGAUACUCAUCAGAACAAAAUGGAGCCAAGAUAGUUGCAACAAAAGAGUGGAAACGAAAUGACAAAAUAGAAUUACUGGUGGGUUGUAUUGCCGAGCUUUCAGAAAUUGAGGAGAACAUGCUACUUAGACAUGGAGAAAACGACUUCAGUGUCAUGUAUUCCACAAGGAAAAAUUGUGCUCAACUCUGGCUUGGUCCUGCUGCGUUUAUAAACCAUGAUUGCAGACCUAACUGUAAGUUUGUGUCAACUGGCCGAGAUACAGCUUGUGUGAAGGCUCUGAGAGAUAUUGAACCUGGAGAAGAAAUUUCUUGUUAUUAUGGAGAUGGGUUUUUUGGAGAAAAUAAUGAGUUCUGCGAGUGUUACACUUGUGAAAGACGGGGAACUGGUGCUUUUAAAUCCAGAGUGGGACUGCCUGCGCCUGCUCCUGUUAUCAAUAGCAAAUAUGGACUCAGAGAAACAGAUAAACGUUUAAAUAGGCUUAAAAAGUUAGGUGACAGCAGCAAAAAUUCAGACAGUCAAUCUGUCAGCUCUAACACUGAUGCAGAUACCACUCAGGAAAAAAACAAUGCAACUUCUAACCGAAAAUCUUCAGUUGGUGUAAAAAAGAACAGCAAGAGCAGAACAUUAACGAGGCAGUCUAUGUCAAGAAUUCCAGCUUCUUCCAACUCUACCUCAUCUAAGCUAACGCAUAUAAAUAAUUCCAGGGUACCAAAGAAACUGAAAAAGCCUGCAAAGCCUUUACUUUCAAAGAUAAAGUUAAGAAACCAUUGCAAGCGGCUGGAGCAAAAGAGUGCUUCAAGAAAACUCGAAAUGGGAAAUUUAGUACUUAAAGAGCCUAAAGUAGUUCUGUAUAAAAAUUUGCCCAUUAAAAAAGAUAAGGAGCCGGAGGGACCAGCCCAAGCUGCAGUUGCUAGUGGGUGCUUGACUAGACACGCAGCAAGAGAACACAGACAGAAUCCCGUGAGAGGUGCUCAUUCGCAGGGGGAGGGCUCACCCUGCACCUACACGACCAGGCGAUCAGUGAGGACAAGAACCAGUCUGAAGGAGGCCUCUGACAUCAGGCUUGAACCAAACACAUCGGAUGACUGUAAAAGCAGCAUGAUGGAACCUUGCCUGGAUGGUGGUGAGCUGCCAGCUCCCAUGGUGCAGGAGGAAGAUCUGGCUCAUGAAACUGCACAAAAGGGGGAAGCAAAGUGUCAUAAGGGUGACACUGGCAUGUCCAAAAAGAAGCCAAGACAAGGAAGACUUGUGAAACAGUUUGCAAAGCUAGAGGACUCCACUCCGGUGCAUGAUUCCCUUGGAAAAGACAGCUUGGUGCCAGAGUUGAUGGGGCCCCGUUCUGACCCGGGGGAGCACAGCGGCACAGGCGGUGUGCCUGUGACCUACACAGACUGUGCUCCUUCACCUGUAGGGUGUUCAGUUGUUACGUCAGACAGCUUCAAAACAAAAGACAGUUUUAGAACUGCAAAAAGUAAAAAGAAAAGGCGAAUCACAAGGUAUGAUGCACAGUUAAUCCUAGAAAAUAACUCUGGGAUUCCCAAAUUGACUCUUCGUAGGCGUCAUGAUAGCAGCAGCAAGACAAAUGACCAAGAGAAUGAUGGAAUGAAUUCUUCAAAAAUAAGCAUCAAGUUAAGUAAAGACCACGAAAAUGAUAGUAAUCUCUAUGUAGCAAAGCUUAAUAAUGGGUUUAACUCAGGAUCAGGCAGUAGUUCUACAAAAUUGAAAAUCCAGCUAAAACGGGACGAGGAGAGUAGGGGGUCCUAUACAGAGGGGCUUCAUGAAAAUGGCAUGUGCUGUAGCGAUCCCCUUUCUCUCCUGGAGUCUCGAAUGGAAGUGGGUGACUAUAGUCAGUACGAGGAAGAAAGUACAGGUGACUCCUCCUCUUCAGAGGGAGAUGAAGAGGAGGAAGACUAUGAUGAUGACUUUGAAGAUGAUUUUAUUCCUCUUCCUCCAGCUAAGCGAUUGAGGCUAAUAGUUGGAAAAGACUCUAUAGAUAUUGACAUUUCUUCAAGGAGAAGAGAAGAUCAGUCUUUAAGGCUUAACGCAUAAGCUCUUUGUCUUAAUUUGACAUGGGAUAACUACUUUAAGGAAAUAAAAAAUUCCAGUCAAUUAUUCCUCAACUGAAACAUUUUAGUGACAGCACUUCUAUUGUCUCUUCACUUAUCAGCAUAAUAUUGUAGAAAGUGUACAGUGUACUGACUUAAGUCUGAUUUGUGUAAAUUUUUAUCGUACUUUUUAAAUAGCCUUCUUACGUGCAAUUCUGAGUUAGAGGUAAAGCCCUGUUGUAAAAUAAAAGCUCAAGCAAAAUUGUACAGUGAUAGCAACUUUCCACACAGGACGUUGAAAACAAUAAUGUGGCUACACAUUUUUUUUUUUAACUUUAAGAGCAUCAGCUGGCUCUUUAAUAUAUGACUAAACAAUAAUUUAAAACAAAUCAUAGUAGCAGCAUAUUAAGGUUUUCUAGUAUAUGCUAAUAUCACCAGCAAUGAUCUUUGGCUUUUGAUUUAUUUGCUAGAUGUUUCCUCCUCGGAGUUUUGUCAGUUUCACACUGUUUGCGGGCCCAGGUGUACUGUUUGUGGCCUUUGGUAACAUAGCAAACCAUUGGUUGAGAGUCAAAUUGGUUUCUUAAAAAAAAAAAAAAACUAUACAUGCGUGACAACUCACUUUUCAGUACGUUGUAUGUGCAAGGGUAGCAGUGUGCAGGAUGAGUUUCGAUACUGUGUAUUUAUUGCUUGUCAUGUAAAUUAAAGACCUUGUAUUUAACACUUUUCAAUCCUUUUAGAUAAAAUUGUUCUUUGCAAGAAUGAUUGGUGCUUAUUUUUUCAAAAAUUUGCUGUGAACAAUGUGAUGACAACAAGCAACAUUUAUCUAAUGAACUACAGCGAUCUUAAUUUGGUCCUUCAAGUCUUCUGUUGCACUUGUAAAAUGCUACAAGGAAUAUUAAAAAAGUCUAUUCACUUUAACUUAUGAUAGUUUAUGAAAUAAAAACAUGAGUCACAGCUUUUGUUCUGUGGUAACCUCUAAAAAUGUUUGUCUUUGAAAUUCAGUGUAAAGAACUGAAAACAAUGUAUAUGUUGUAAAUAUUUGUGUGUUGUGAGAAAUUUUUGUCAUAAGAAAUUAAAAGAACUUACCAGGAAGGUUUUUAAGUUUAGGAAUAUUCAUGCCAAUAAAAUAGGAAAUUAUAAAUAUAUAGUUUUAAGCACUGCAUCAGUGGGAAUUCUUGGCUUAUGUUAGUUUAUUAUGAAAAUAUCAAAGAUUUUUUGACUAUAUUAUCAGUUAAACAAAAAGGAGUCAGAUUUAAUUUGUUUUUUGAAGCACUUUCAGAAGAGAAAUUAAUUUUAAGUAACUUAAUGAGCAAAUUUUGAUUACUACUUAAUGUUCAAUACUAGGCUCUUUCAUUUCUCUGGAUUAUUUUACAAAUCACUGCACAAAGAAUUUAGGAAUAUAAAUCUAACAGGUGUUUGACACCAGUGGGUCUCUUUAUUUCUGGGAAAUGUGUACAUGUACUUUCAGAUAUCCAGUGUUCCUAAGUAAAAUCAAUUUAUGGGAUUUGUGUAGUGUCUGUAGAAAAGUAGCCCAUGUCUAAAAAUAUUAAAAGGAAUCUGCAGAUAAUGAAAAGUCCAGUGGGGAGAACCUCAGUGCUCACUUAUUACUAAUCAAUUCCUACCAGUUUCCAGGUUUGGGAGACUUUAUAUAAAUUAAAUUUCCUUAAAACUAUUGCUAGCAGGUUCCAAAUGGAAAUUAAUAAGAUUCAUGAAAACAAGUUUUUAAAACUUAGAUUUUCUCCUCGUGUUCUGUAAGGAGCCCCUUCUGUCCCUUCUCUGGUCUUGUCCUCGUUGGUUACGGUGCAGUCUAAUUCCUCAGGUAUUAAUUUGGAAGCAUGUGGUCGACUUCCUUCCCCACACAGUCUCUCAGGAGCACCUGUCCCGAGGCCCCCCAGCACUUUACAGACCACCUUCUGUCCUCAUGGGGUCCCUUCCUAGGCGUAGUGAGAGCUGUGCCGGUGAGGAAGAUGAAGGGUAGACCCCGUGUCUGGAGGGUGCCGGAGGACAGUGGGUCACCUCUUUUAUUCCCACCUCAGUUCAGGGUGUUUUGGAGAGGUUCAGAGACUAACUCUUGAACUGUUUAUUUGAAUACCAACAAUAGCCAUUUCAGGAAUUUCACUCUUAAGGAAAAAAUAACACAUUUCCCAUUUUUCUCCAUUUUUAAGCUUAAUUUUAGUAACUUAUUUAUGAUGUUUGUUUUAAUAUUAUUGUGGCCUCGUCUAUUGAGGCUGACCUUCCCAUGGGUCUCAGAGCAGUGACAUUUGGUAACCAAUCACUGCCUCUCAGGAGUUGGUAUGCACAAGCACUCAGCAGCUGCUGCUGAUGCCUUCUAGGGAAACCUGAUUUCCGUUUUGCAAGGUGGGGGCCUCAGAACUGUUCUAGAUCUGCUGUAGGACUAGUGUGUGGAAUGGUGACAUCCACACACGGUUGACCAGUUUGGAAGAGGUUGCAUUCAAUAAAACUUAUAGCUUGAGCUUAUGCAAUGAUUGGUAAAGAUUUUGGCAUUAUAAGAAUUAGGAAAUGAUCGUAGAAGUAUAUGUAAAGUAUUCAAUUUUCAAUCAUUUUUCAAAUUACUGUUUUAAAUUGUUUUGCUGAGUUGUAAUACUUUUGAGAUACAAUGUAUUCCUUGUACUGAAAGAAUGAAAAAGGACUUUUUCAGCAUUUGAGGUAAGUUCUUUAAUGUUUCAUUAAAAACAUUUUUUACAAAUAUUUUGUACAUGCACUUGCAGUAUUGAGGUUAAUCAUUUUAAUAAAUUCGGAAAUUAAAACAA